GCUGUUGGGUGAUUAGUGGGUAGCCCUGGUUUCAUGUGCUGAGUCUUUAAAAAGAGAAUUCUGCCAUCCAGUGGCUUUUGAAAGAUUUAUAAGUGUAGGUGACAUGACCAAUUAUGUGGCUGUGGACUGCUGGGUGUGGGCAUCUGGCUCUCAGUGUCGCAAGGAAACUUCGCCACGUUUUCUCCUAGCUUCCCAUCACUUUCAGCUGCCAACCUAGUCAUUGCCAUUGGCACAGUCAUCAUGGUGACUGGCUUUCUGGGCUGCCUAGGUGCUAUCAAGGAAAACAAGUGCCUCCUGUUGAGUUUUUUCAUCAUUUUGCUGAUAAUUCUCCUGGCAGAGCUGAUACUACUCAUUUUGUUCUUUGUUUAUAUGGACAAGGUUAGUGAAAGUGCAAAGAAAGAUUUGAAGGAAGGUAUGAAGCUGUAUAAUUCAGAAAAUAAUGUUGGACUGAAAAAUGCAUGGAAUAUCAUUCAAGCAGAGAUGAAAUGCUGUGGUGUGAAUGACUUUACGGAUUGGUACCCAGUGCUGGGAGAAAACACUGUCCCAGACCGAUGUUGUACGGAAAACUCCCAAGACUGUGGACGGAACUCUACUGAACUGGUGUGGAAAACGGGAUGUUAUGAGAGAGUUAUGACCUGGUUCGAUGAGAAUAAGCAUGUCCUUGGUUCGAUCGGGAUGUGCAUCCUCAUAAUGCAGAUUCUUGGCAUGGCCUUCUCCAUGACACUCUUCCAGCAGAUUCACAGGACUGGCAAAAAAUAUGAUGCCUAAAGCUUCUGAAACAUUAUCACAUCAACCCUUCUGUCUCAUCAUAAAAAUGAACAAAAGGAAUGACAGAGUAUCAAGCCUAGCCCUGCUGAAGGAAUCCAUCCUAUUGACUGAUCUACUUUAUUGUUAUUUGUCCAGUUAUUAUCACAACUUGUUGACUCAUUUUUGUCUUUCACAUUUGCCAUUUAUUUGCCAAAGAGGGGGGAAACUCCCCAAAACAAUGGAUUUUCUACACAAAAUCAUAAACCUGCUCUAAGAAUGGUUCUUAAUGUUAAGAAAAUGUUUUGCUCUACUAAUCCAUGCUGUAUGUGCAGAAAUUAUCUGUGUUCCUCUUCAAGGCGGAAUUCUUCAAAGUCUUCCAUUAAGUUUUCAACCCUC